AUGUUUGUUCUUUUUAGGGAGUGUGCAAAUUCAAAAGUUCAGCAGAAUGGCCCUCCUCCACUUAAGGAUGGAGUGGAUUAUAUCAAUAUUGGGGAAGAAGACCAGAUGGAAGUGUAUGGGUAUAAAAGGCAUGUUACUAUGACCGUUAUAACAUGGCUUUGUAUCUUUUGUAGUGGAGGUAUUUUAAGAUUGGUGUUUCAUUGGUCACCCCAUUGGAUGUUAUACGCCACCCACAAGAAAUGCCCCCUUGAAGCCGCAGAGAAAGUACUAGUGGUUGAAAUGUUUCAAGGUAAACAUAAAUGCUACUAUGUUAAAAAGGUGACAACACUUAGUGCUGAAAACAUUCUCAAUGAAAGAAAGAAGAAGAAACCUGAAACCUUGGAAGGUGGGUGUUGGGAUGAUCAAGCCUUAACUGACAUGCGAGAUGCCUCACAGGAGAAGCUUUCAGUUCAUCUCUCUGGAGGUCAUUUCAAAGAGAUUCCAGUUCUGCGAAUGUUUCACUGCAAGAAACUUCGCUAUGUUUGGGAUCCAGAAAACGCUGAAUUUUUGAGGCUACAAGGAUUAGAUAACCAUGUCAGCACAACUAUCCUUCAUUGUCAGGGAGGUGUGACUGUGAAAGAACAGCUUUUACGCCGUGUUGUAUACGGAAGCAAUGAAAUUGUUGUUCCAGUAAGAGGUGUGAUCACUUUACUUUUCCUGGAAGUUCUCAACCCAUUUUAUGUGUUUCAACUGUUCUCGUUCUGCCUUUGGUUUGCUGACAAUUACAUUUAUUACGCAAUGGCAAUUCUUGCUAUGUCAGCAUUUGGUAUUACAAUGGCCAUCAUUCAGACCAGAAAGAACCAACGCAAUUUGAGCAGUACAGUCCACUCUUCUGAUGUAGCAACAGUAAUUCGUGGAUCAAAUGGAACAGUGGAAACUAUUCCAACUGAGCAUUUAGUUCCUGGUGAUUUACUUGUGGUACCUCCACAUGGCUGCAUUAUGCACUGUGAUGCAGUAUUGCUUACUGGAAAUUGCAUUCUUAAUGAAAGUAUGCUCACAGGUGAAAGUGUGCCAGUAACAAAAACCCCACUGCCCAACUUACGUGAUGUUCUGUACGACUCCAAAGAACAUGCUAGACAUACUUUAUUUUGUGGCACCCGCAUUAUUCAAACUAGGUACUUUGGAAGUGAACAAGUGCUUGCAGUUGUCAUCAGAACAGGAUUCUCAACUGCCAAGGGCAGUCUUGUUAGGUCAAUUAUGUACCCUCCUCCAGUUGAUUUUAAAUUUGAACAUGAUUCAUACAAAUUUGUUGAACUUCUUGCAUGUAUUGCAAGUAUUGGUUUUAUAUAUACUGUGGUUACAAAGCAUUUACGAGGAAUAAGUGUUUCUGAAAUUGCAUUAGAAGCAUUGGACUUGAUCACUAUUGUUGUACCUCCAGCUCUUCCUGCUGCUAUGACUGUUGGACGUUUUUAUGCUCAAAAUAGACUUAGAUCAAAGAAAGUAUAUUGUAUAAGUCCAAGGACUAUCAAUGUUUCUGGUUCUAUUGAUUGUGUUUGUUUUGAUAAGACUGGCACAUUAACUGAAGAUGGCCUGGAUAUGUGGGGUGUAGUUCCUUCACUCGACAAGAAAUUUCAAGUGCCUAUCAAGUAUAUUGAUAAAAUGGAAGGUGAUGAAUUACUUAUUGGUAUGGUGACUUGUCAUUCAUUGACAAUUAUUGAUGGAAAGUUGUCAGGUGAUCCCUUGGAUUUGAAGAUGUUUGAAUCUACUGGAUGGAUCUUAGAAGAACCAGAAGUAAAUGAUAAUUCUAAGUUUGACAUGAUUUUUCCUACGGUUGUUAAACCACCUAAUAGUUUUCCAGCUCACAGUAAUGGAAGUGAAAAUCUGUCUUGUGGUGAUACUCUACAAGUUGAAGAGUUUCAGACGCCACUUGAAAUAGGAAUAGUUCGACAGUUCCCUUUUUCGUCCAGUAUUCAGAGGAUGAGUGUUAUUACUAGAAAGUUGGGAGAUACUCAGUUCAAUGUAUACUGCAAGGGGUCUCCUGAAAUGAUUGUUUCACUUUCCCAUCCUGAUUCAAUUCCUUUGGACUAUAGUUCUGUUUUGGAAGAAUAUACUCAGGAAGGAUAUCGUGUACUUGCAAUAGCCUACAAAGGACUACCCAAAGUGACUUACACAAAAGUGCAGCGAAUUGCUCGUGAAGAUGUGGAAUCUAAUCUAAUUUUUUUGGGUCUUAUAAUCAUGGAGAAUCGUCUGAAGCCUGAAACAACUGGGAUAAUCACAAUGCUUAGAGAAGCAAAUAUCCGCACUAUUAUGGUAACAGGUGAUAACAUGCUUACAGCCUUAAGUGUUGCUCGAGACUGUGGUAUCAUUUCUCAUGGUCAACAAGUGAUAGAAGUCCAUAGUGUCCCAGCACAGGCAAAUCAGUUAGCACAGCUAAUGUUCACAAAUUCAAACUACAGCAUUCCUCCACCUAUAGUUAAUGCAAAUGGUGGUAGCAUUGAUCUCACCAAUGGGAUUUCCAAUUUUGAAACUCUGGAAUCUGCUACUGUGAAUGGUACACUUACAGGCAUGGUAAGUGAAGAUUCUAAGAACACUGUUGCUGGCCAUGUCAAUUCUUCCAAUUACUGCUUAGCAUUGACUGGGCGAACAUGGUCUUUGGCUAAAAGUUCUUAUCCUGAGCUUGUUCCAAAACUUGCUACUAGAGGAGCAGUCUUUGCUCGAAUGAGCCCUGAUCAAAAGCAGCAGUUGAUUCAGGAACUUCAAGCACUAGGGUACUAUGUCGCUAUGUGUGGUGAUGGGGCCAAUGACUGUGGGGCAUUAAAGGCAGCUCAUGCAGGUAUCUCUCUUUCUGAAGCAGAAGCAUCAGUAGCAUCACCUUUCACAUCAAAAGAGCCAAAUAUAUCGUGUGUUCCUCGUGUUAUUCGUGAAGGACGAGCUGCAUUAGUCACAUCUUUUGGUAUUUUCAAAUAUAUGGCAGCAUAUAGUAUGACACAGUUUGUCACUGUAAUGAUGCUAUAUUCCAUAGACAGUAAUCUUACUGACAUUGAGUUUUUGUACAUUGAUCUUUUUAUAAUAACAGUUUUUGCAUUUUUCUUUGGAAGAACUGAAGCGUUUGAAGGUCCAUUGGUUAAACAACCUCCAAUACUAUCUUUGAUCUCUCUCUCACCUAUUCUUUCUUUGUUGUUGCAACUUUUUGUUGUAAUCAUGAUUCAGUGGGGCUCAUUUUACAGUGUUCAACAGACUUCAUGGUUUGAGCCCUUCAAUGCAACUGCCAAAGGAGAAAGUGAAAGUGUUGCUUGUUAUGAAAAUUAUGCAUUAUUUAGUGUUUCAAGUAUGCAGUACAUUAUAUUAGCUCUUGUAUUCUCAAAAGGUGCACCGUACCGUAAAUCAGUAUUUAACAAUUAUGGUUUCUUGUCAUCAUUAGUUAUACUUACAGCAUUUACUAUUUAUUUGACUGUGAAGCCUUUUAGUUGGUUGCAAGAUACAUUUGAACUUAAGUUACCACCAGUAAUGGAUUUUCGUCUUGUCAUGCUAGCAUUCAGUUUUGGUAAUCUUUUGCUUGCUUUCAUAAUAGAAGAUGGUAUAGUUGAUUACUUGGUCUUCCAAAAGUUGCGCUAUAAGUUUCAUAAUGUUGAUAAAUCACGACGAAAAUUCUUAGCAGUUGAUUUUCGAUUGAAACAAGAUCGAUCAUGGCCACCUAUUACUUCCAAAGCAGUUCUUGACUCUCUGUUACCAUCGGAUGGGAAAUCUCAGCCUCGAGCAAAUAUAUCUGAAAUUCAUGUUGAAUGUGAAACUCUGAGUAAUAAUGUGAAACUUAAUAGCCCUUCUUUAGCACAUCAUGGACCUGUUACAAAUAUAUCUCAUAAACAUGGAGGAAACAGCGGAGAGGUAACACUUGACCCUGCUACACUUAUUUCAAAACGUCGUUAUAAUAGUGAAUCAGAAAAUAGUAGCAAUUCUCAAGAACAAACGCUUUCCAAGACAGUUGGCAAGUCAUUUCAUACUAGUGGUUUUGCCACAUUACCUAGGCAAAGUAAUCAUAUAAGAAACAGCCUUCUCAAUGCAACUGUAGAUGUACAUAGUGAGGUAGAAUCCGCUUCAGCAAAACCUUUCAAUCCUGUAUAAGUUUGUUUGAGACAUAAUGAAGUUAACCUGAGAUAGGUACUAUAAAUGCAAGAUGCUCUCUUUUGUUGUUGAAUAUAACAUAGAUUAAAAGAUUAUUUUAUGGAUAUAUCCAUGGAAAUAUGAUGAAACCUUUUCUAUAAAGCUGCUUUCAUUAUCAUUGCCAUUCUGAUUUUUAUAGUGCUCUUCAAAUAUUUCAGUAUUUCUGAUGGUAAAUUAUCUCAUCAUUUAAAUGUACUAUUUCCAGUGAGUUUUGAAUGUAAUCCCAAAAUUUAGUUGUGGUUGUGGCACUUCGUUUUCAUGCAUACAAGUUGAGAUUCUGGUUUUGUCUUUUUUCUGUACUUCAGUGGUAAAAUCCAACAUCAGUUCCUUUUAUAUUAAAAUAAUUCAAAUGACUGAUACAGUAUUUAAAUUAAAACGCUGGAAUGUACAGCUAGAAGUGAUAUUCAGAGAUGAAAGCGGUGGCAGCUUGUGCAUGUUUCUAAAGAGGAGGAAAGAAGUCUUGCAUAAACUGUUUCAAAUAAAACUUACUCAAAUAUGACAAAUUAGAUUUUAGAAGUUGACUUGCGACGGGAAAAGAUUUGUCAAUUUGGUUUUUCCCUUCACGCAGGCUUCUGCCAGCCCACAUUGUAAGAUUACACUAUGAGCCAGCCUCUAUUCUUGACUCGUCGCCUAAUGAUGCUUUGAUUUAGUGAAGAGACAUGGGAUGACUAAUAUUAUAACAACUAGUGCAAACUCCUUCCACUGCUGAGGCGCGAGUUCAAUCUUCAGCCAAUCUAUGUGAAAUUUGUGGUCGACAAAGUGAGCUCGCAGCAUGGGCUCAGGUUCUCUUGUUUCUCCUGCCUCUUGAGUCACCAUUGCUCCAUAAUCAUUCACUUCAUAUGCAUUAUUGCUCUCAUCAGCUCAUUAGACCAUCUCUCAUUGACUUCAAUGAGCUUAGUAGAUGAAGGGCCCCAAAACCCUAAUAAAUAAAUAAACAAAUAAAUAAAUAAGUUGAAAGAGACUUCUCUAGAUGUCUGCUCAAUCAAGGCAGGAACGCCUCCUCAGCCCAUAAGACUCCAUUAAAAAAUUUUUCCUUGUCUGACUAAGAGUACUGUGAGAUAUGGGGUGAAUACUACCCAAGAGGAAGAAAUGUUAAGAACACUCGCUGGAAAGAAGAUAAAUUUUGUUCAGCUUUUUUUGGAGAAAUAAUACCUUGCUUUAAAUUCUAAAGAAGUUGCAAAAGGUAAAAUUGUUAUAUGGAGGUUAUGUUAAUAAGAUGAAUUAAUGAGAUCUUGAAUGUGGGUAAAACUGAAUUAUAACUGAUUUGUCAGUGAGAACUUGCUUAACCUUAUUUCAGCCACUCAGCUUCUUCAAGUUUUUUCUUCAGCAGUAGUAUUUAGUGGACUUCGUUUAGUUUGACAUUGGAUAGUUAAAAAACAAACAUUUUUUUCCUUUUAAUAUUUACAUAGACCAUUCAAAUAUGUCAAUAUUGACCCCUCUUUGGAAUUGCGAUGUUGCAAGGCAGCCAUUUGCAAGUCAGUGGAAGAUGUUUUCCCAUGUUUGCUAUAGUUACACUCCAAGACUUAAGGAUGACUUAUACAUCUAGUAUUGCCUAGAAGAAUGAUCCACUGAUCUGUCACCACAUGAUUUCUUUUUAAGGCAACAGCAGAUAGAAACCGAAACUGGUAAAAACAUGAAGAAAUGAAAAUAAGCAGUUCUAGUAUAUGUGAAAUUGUAGACAGUUCAAAUGUGUGAUAAUGAAUAUAAAUGUGAAGAUCUUGAUCUUCAAAAUGCAGUAAACCUUUUCCACAAAUGGUCUAAUAUGAAUAGUAUUUAUGUCUAAAAUAAUUUUUACUUUAGUUUUUGAGCACAGAUUGAAGAGCUUUUCUAAGUUGACAGCUUACCAUCUUGUCAAGAUGGUAUUGAUGCUGUAGGAUGAUUGAUGGAUAGCAACCAUGCUGAUGAUGUUGCGAUCUCAGAAUUAGAAUACACAGUUGCAAAGUGUCUAGUGCAGAGUAUCUUAUUGAUCAUUCCAUGUUUGUAAGCUGUUGUUAACAAUAUAUGUUCGGUUUAAGUUUUAUAGGUUGACUUAUAAAUUGAAAUCAGAGUUUUGUGGAUUUCAAAUAAAGUAAAAAACCUAAAAUAUAAGAAAAUCCCAAACUGUUACUGAUUGCACAGGUACAAAAAAUGCAACUUUUACUUGGAACAGGAUUGUUGAAGAGACAAGUAUUGUUGAACAAAUGGUAGUGAUCAAAGAAUUUCUGCCACUUUUUUAAUUACUAUGUUGAUGAAUGGAUGGAUUGAAAUUGGAAAGUAUUAUUGGAAGAUCUAGAUGAAAGUGUUCCAAGACAAAGUAAAUGCCUAAAGAAGAUAAAGAUUAAAAAGAACCAUCAAAGACAUCGCUGUCAUAGAUAAAAAACAAGGACAAAAAUCUUGUAUCAUUUUCUGAAGUUCAUUUUGUCUUAGUGACAAAUUGUUCUAAUCUUGUACAAGAGUAAAUGUAGUAAUGGAAGUAAAAGAAAGUGCUUACUUAUUAAGCAUAAUUUUUUCAAUUCACAUUUUUCAUAAAAUAUAUUUGGUUAAUUCAAAGUUUCAGCAAGUUAAAAAAAUAUGUAAGAUUCUAUUCACUUAAAAGCAAUUGGUAUUGGAGAAAGUUGUUUCAAAAUUUUGAUGGGAACUAAUGAAUUGCUCAAUGCGAUAGUUUGUGUACCUCUUAGGAUUUUCUUUUGUUUCUCUCAAUAUUUGUGAGGGGAAAAUAAUUCAGUGGAAGAAUUAAAAGAAUGUUAUUAUUUAUGUGGUUUAAUUUUUACUAAAAGCAAAUUAGUGGACAGAGGAACUUAAAAGUAUUAUUUCACUGUUAAAAGCAUGAAUAUCUUUUUUAAGUAGUUCCCAUAAUUGGUUAGUACAUCAAAAAUAUAAAAUAUCCCUAUCAUCUUUUCAAUACUUGGAGACAAAAUAGCAGCGGCAAUGUGUUUCUUAUCUGAGGGUAUAAUUUUAACACUGAAACUUCUUAUAGAACUUCAGAAAGAAAUGUGAAGCUAGAUCUGCAAAACAUGUUAUUUUAAAGAGCAGACAUUUCAAUACUGGGAAACUUAUAUAAUUGAUGAUGAAACUCUCGUGACUGAACUUGUGCUGAAAUUUUAUGACACAAUUGUAUUUGAUCAUUCAAAUAUUAAAAUAUCAGUUAUGUUUUUUGCCCAGUAUGUCAUAACUUUUUCUCUCAGCUAUCAUCGUG